UUUUGCUUUUUCUCUGAUCAAAAAUAUUUACUUGUUUUUUUUCUUUGAAAUAUAUUUUCUUGCCUCAAAGAAAUAUUAUCAUGGAGAGUCGAUUGAAAUCAACGUGUUAGUGGAUAAUAAUUCAAAUAAAACUGUUAAAAAGAUUAAACUUUCAGUUAUCCAAAUUACUGACAUCACAUUGUUUAGUCAUGCUGUCUACAGAUGUACAGUUGAUGAAAGUGAAUAUGAGUAAGAAAAUUGUUAAUUAAAUUCAAAAUGCACCUACUAGUUUAGUAGUUGUUUUUUGUUUGUUGGUUUGUUACUUUGUUUCUUUGAGUUUUUUCACUGUUACAACCAUCGUUCCAUUGUAUACUUAUGUCUUGAUUUUCUGUGUGUUUUCAUAGUGUUGUAAUCGUUCACUGCCUCUCUCUGUCUCUAUGUUUGUGUGUGUGUGUGUAUGUGUAUAUGCAAGUGCGUGCGUACGUGUGCAUUUGCUCUGUUCCCGUUAAUGUUGUAGUUUUGACUAUUCUUAGCGCUUUAUUAAUUAACGCACAGUAACCUAAUGUCACUAUGAGUUUUGCUCUCACUUUGUCUUCUUCUAUUUUUAAUGUUUACUAAUCUUCAAGUAUUGGUUUUGUAGGGAUUUUGUUUGAUUGCAUGGAGGAUUUCAUCCUGAGCUGACAUCAGUUAGAGAACCACUGGAAAACCUGGGAGCACUGCACAGCUGUUUCGUCCUAGUUUGGGACUCUUCAGCAGUACGCACCCACUGGGGUUCAAACCCAGGACCUUGUGGUUACAAGGCGAGCUCUUAGACCAUUGAGCCACUGGGACCCGAUCCAAUUUACUAAUUUGCUUUUUAGAGUUUAAUUGUAUCGGCAUUUUGCUUACGUCGCACACACACACACACUCAAACACAUACACUGUGAGUUGGAAUGAUGAUUAAGGCUAAGAUAUGUACUCAUUUCAGGUUAGAUCGCCGACUGGCGUCAGUUAGAGGACUACUGAACAGCAUAAUCCCCCCCUUACCUGAUAUCGAACUCAGGUUCUUCAGGUUAUAAUGAGGCUUGUGUCCAGUCAGACAUUAUGAUGUGGUCCAAUGGUCAAUGGGCUGUAAUUCUUCCCAAUUUACGAUUCAUCAGAACUGACAGUCACUGGAUUACAUUUUAGUGAUUGAGUAGUCAGUAGACUUGCCUCGUAACGUGAAUGUGCUAGAUUCAAUCCUCGCUAAUAGGGUAACAGAUGCACGCUGAUGAAGAGUCUUAUUUAUUUAUUUAUUAUUCCUUUGCCUUCCAAGUGGAACUUAGGACUUUAACAACACGUCCCCACUUUGUUCCAUUUCCUGCCAUCAUCUUCAGCUGGCCAAUUCCACAAUUGACGAGACUCUCUCAUCUCAUGCUCACACGACCUCCUCCAUGUCACCCUCACAAUGAAGAUCCACUAGUCGCUUCCCAUUUGAAUUCCAUUCGAG